AUGGUUCUGAUGACAGGAGGCUGCAGCUGCUAUUCAGAGAGAAGGGGCUCCCAAUAUAUCCCAGGCCUUCAGCACACAGAAGCAGUGUCUACAGCAGAGGUAUUUAAUAUCACACACUCACACCUUCCUCUACCCUUGCUGCAGCCCUGGCAGCUUCACACCCUCCAGAGUUGGAGAUCCAGAAUGCAGGGGCCUUGGAGUCACACUGAUCCUUUCCAGGAGCAGGAUGUUGUGGAGAGCUUCAAAUGGUGGUGUAGACCAGGCAUGCCCUUUGGAGCUGCCACAUCCUAUGUACGUCUAGAGAAGCUGUGUGGAGGAUCCUGUGCAACUGUAUACAAAAGGAUCAGCAAGAUCAACAGCUAGUUGAUGGUGCUGAAAGCGAUCUGGCUAGAGGCAGAGGAGGGAGUGCCCUUUACAGCUAUUCGGGAAGCUUCCCUUCUCAAGCAUUUGAAACAUACCAAUGUUGUACUGCUUCAUGACAUUAUCCAGACCAAGGGGACACUAACAUUUGUCUUGGAGUACAAGCUUUUCAUGUUCCAGCUUUUGCGUGGCCUGGCUUAUAUCCACCAACAACACAUUCUUCACCGUGAUCUGAAACCCCAGAACUUGCUCAUCAGUUGCCUUGGUGAGCUCAAAUUAGCAGACUUUGGCCUUGCUUGUGCCAAGUCCAUCCCCAGACAGACAUAUUCCUCUGAAGUGGCAGCACUCAGGUAGUAUCCUCCCGUGUUACUUGGAGCUACAGAUUCUUCUUCUGAUCUAAAUACUUGGAGUGCAGGCUGUAUAUUUGUUGAAAUGAUCCGGGGCCAGCCAAUAUUUGCAGGAACUUCUAGUACUUAUGAACAGCUGCUGAAGAUCUGGAAGGUAUUGGGGGUCCUGACUGAAGACACCUGGAAAAAACUUUCCAAGGUCCCCAACUAUAACCCAGAACUGGCUGCUUCCAGGAGACCUCAGAGGCUCCAAGUCAUCUAUGACAGGCUGAGCAAGGUGCCAGCAGUGGAGGAUUUGGCCUCCAGAAGGCUUAAAGCCUUCCCCCGAGGUCAGAUCUCUGCACAAGGUGCACUUGUUCAUGAUUUGGUCAGCUCUCUGCCUCCUCAGCUCUAUCAGGUUCCUGCUGUGUUUACAGUUGCAGGAGUGAUACUGCAACCUGACAUCUGUGACCUUUUUGUUUCUUACCAAAAAGGCCAUCUCUCACAGUGUUCAAGCAAGUUCUGGUAG